GUGCGGCUCGAGCCCAGUCUGUCCUCUCCCGCCCGCCCGUCCGCCGCCGGCCGUACCAUGAGCGCCCCUCGCCGCCGUCCGCUGCUGCCGCUGCUGCUGGUCGCCCUGCUGCUCCUGCUCGUCUGUGAGCCGACCGAGGCGAGAAGAGGAGGACGCCGCCGGGGAGGCAGCAGGAGGAACCGCUUCGGAAACGUGCCCAUCGACGGCAUGUACCGGAACCCCUCCGCCAAGACCUACUACAUGAACCCGAACGGCGCCCAGAUCAGCAAGUGGUCUCACUUCGAGUCGGAGUACAUCCUGGGAAGCAAGAUCGUCUUCAUGUGCACCGCUACAGGGAAGCCGAGGCCACACAUCUCCUGGUACAAGAACGGCAUCGAGGUGUACGCGCACAGCUUCUUCCAGAUCACCGAGUACAAGGUGGGAAGCAACGUGACCGUCUCCCGGAUGGAGAUCACCCCUGCCAAGCAGAAGGACGCCGGCUUCUACGAGUGCGAGGCCGACAACAAGUACGCCGUCGACCGGCGCGGCUUCCGAACAGACUUCAUCAUCCAGAUGGAGUAGCAUACGUCAGUGGUUCGGGAGAAUACUGCGGCGUGUCCCCGAGACUUGCGUGGUCUUCCCAGCCGUACCAGAGUGGGGAUGUAAGCUGGCUCAUGGCUGUUCCUCUGGCAUAGAAAUGGGUCAGGACGUCAAGACCUUGGCAUUGAUCGCCAAUUGGAGUACAUUUGGGUUGCGGAAGUCCUUGGGGACGGAAAGGAGGCUUACCGGGCCGUCAGUCACUUGGUGUGUGCGGUUUGGCAAUGGGAGGAUCGACCGAGAAAGAUCAAGGGCACCGCUAGAGGUUCCAGCGUAGACAAUAGUAUGGGAUCGCAGCAUCGCGGCUCGAAUAAACUUCGAUGCGAAAUACAGCUCUGUUUAAGGAGAUAUUAUAUAGAUUACGCAUCGAUGAUUGCUGUCCCGAUAGAUAUUCAGUAUGAAUUGAAUGAUUGCUUAAAAAGUGGCAAACUGUUUUGUGUAUUUGUCAUGAAUUUGGCUUGGUGUGAGGCAUUGAAUGAUCGAUAAUAUACCAGCAGUGACAUGCA